AUGGACGCUAUGUUUACAUUCAGUGAAGAAGAAUUGAAUAAUGAAGCUAUUCAUUCUCAUGACGAAUCAACAAAUAGUAGUCCGUCGACAUCGACAAUGCUGACACCAACACCACAAAACGUCGGACGACCACAAAUAAAUCGACCAUCAUCAUUAAAUGUAUCGAAGCCAACAGAGCUUGUACUACGUGAUACAACUAAUAAUGCCGAGUGUAAAUCAGAAAGUUCGCCGACAAGCGUGCAAAAAAGACAGCAAAAAAAGAAGAAACGCCGAACAGCUAAUUCAUAUUCGGAUAUAUCAUUUAAUGAUAAAUAUAAAUUAACUGAAGAAUUACUUGGUACCGGUGCACACGGAGUUGUUAAGACGUGUCGCGAUCGAAUGACAAAACAAGAAUAUGCUGUUAAGAUAAUUAGUAAAGCGCGUCAUCCGGAUCGAACGCGUGUAUUUAAAGAAAUCGAUAUUUAUUCUCAUUGCCGUGGUUGUGAAAAUAUUCUAAGCAUAAUUGAUUUUCUUGAAGAUGAUGACUAUUUUUAUCUUGUCUUUCAAAAAAUGGAAGGCGGGCCAUUACUUAAUCACAUAAUGAAACGGGGUCGUUUAACAGAACGAGAAACAAGCUUGGUCGUACGUGGUAUUGCUAAUGGUCUCAAUUUUCUUCAUUCCAAGGGCAUGUCACAUAGAGAUUUAAAGCCGGAAAAUAUCUUAGUUGAACGUGCCGAUUCAUUAAUACCGAUAAAGUUAUGUGAUUUUGAUUUGGGUUCAGCUAUUCGCCUCAAUAGUAAUAAAACGACACCGAUAUCAACACCAGAAUUAUCGACACCUGUCGGAUCAGUUGAAUUUAUGGCUCCGGAGGUCGUUGAUGCAUGGACAAGUCUUGAAGGUUCAUUACAAAUGUAUGAUAAGCGUUGUGAUUUAUGGUCGUUGGGUGUUAUUGUCUAUAUCAUGUUAUGCGGUUAUCCACCAUUCUAUGGCUCUUGUGGUCAUACAUGUGGUUGGACAAAAGGUGAAGAAUGUGAACAAUGUCAGAGUUUAUUAUUCGAACGCAUACAAGAUGGAGAAUUUGAUUUUCCGGAGAAAGAUUGGAAAUACAUUUCUGAUGGUGCGAAAGAUUUAAUAAAGCGUUUAUUAGUGCGCGAUGCUGCAUUACGUUUAACAGCUGCUGAAGUUCUUCAAGAUCCAUGGGUUAAAUUUAAUCAGGAACUUGACGAUGAGCGUCCAUUGAAUACGCCUGAACUGUUACAACGCCAUGAUAGUAUUCGACGUUUGGAAUCAUUUACGAAAGAUGCAUUAAGCAUAACGAAGAUGAUUGAAGAACGUAAACGUAUGAUUCAUUAUCGUUCACAUAGUACUGAUAGUUUACAUCAAAGGAGUCGAGCAUCAUCAUCACAUAGUGAUGCCGAUGAUGAUGAAGAAACGGGUGAUAUUGAAUCAACGCCAUGUGCAGGAAAACGACGUGUACGAAAGAAGAAGAAAGCACAAACAAAUGGCAUUGUUGUUGUUGAUGAUGAUGACGACGAAGACAAUCAAAAUUUUGAAUGUUUACGUCGACGAUUAUCAAGUGCUACAAUGACGUCAGGUGAUGAAGAUAUUGGUGGUGACGAUGAUUAUGGUUGUAGUUAUAAAACUGUUAUUCAUCGGCCAAUAUCAAAGUUUUAUAUACCAUCAGCAGAUAAUCUACCUCAACCAACAUCUCCACCGCCACCGCCGUUACCACCUCCACUACCAUUACAAUCAAUAAUACUUACUCCAACUCCAUUAAUACCAGCACCAACAUUACCAAUAGUUGUAGUUGCAUCACCACAAAUUAAUUCACCAAUACAUUUUCGAGCUCAUACAGAAACGGAUCUUGUGUAUUAUCAGCAUCAUCAUCAUCAACAACAACAACAACAACAACAACCUUUUUAUCCUCAAGCACCAUGGUAUUCACCGGUAUCACCAUAUAUUUUGUAUGGGCCCCCACCACAUCCACCGGCUCCAUUUGUUAUGCAUCAGGCUAAUUACAGAAGUUCAUCUGUUGAUUGUCGUCGCACGGCAAAUAAUAGGAAUGAACCUUAUGUAAUACAUCCGGAACGGGUUUGGUGA